CUAUUACGAUAAAAUGACGAUGUCGGCCACAAAAUUACAUAAAAUAAGCUGGUGUGCCCUAAGGCAGCUCCAACAGUAUAGAACAAAAGCCAACUUCUCCGCUGGUUCAGCAUCGAUUGCCUCCCGGAAUGAACUGUUUACACAGGAGCAGCGCCGGCAACGGGAAGCCAUUGGGCGAAUUGACAAGAUUGAGGUUCGAUAUUUGGGUCUGCCCGAGGAUGUGACUCUGGUGAUGAACAAUCAAAUUUCCACGCCAUUCAACUGUGCCCAGCACUUGAGUGAGGGACAUUGCAGACGCUCGGCUCUGGCCCUGAUCGAUGGCAGUGUUCCGUGGGAUAUGCACAGGCCGCUGCAGGAGUCUUGCACCUUGCAGCUGCUUAACUUCAAUAUCUCCGAACCGCAUGUGGUCAACAAAGCUUUCUGGCGUACAUGCAGCUUCAUGUUGGGCGCUGCUUUGACACGUGUAUUUAAGGCGGAAGCGAAACUCCAAUUGCACAGCUUCCCGGGACCAAACAUCAAGUCGGGUAGCUUUGUCCACGAUAUUGUGCUAGAGACCCAAAGCUGGCAGCCAACGAAGUCGGAAAUGCGUGCCAUCUCGGCCGAAAUGAUCAAACUGGCGGCCCAGGAUUUGCGCAUCGAGCGCUUGGACGUUCAGCAAGAGCUCGCCCAGGAGAUGUUCAAGGAUUCGAAAUACAAAAGCGAACAAUUGCCCAGUAUUGCGCAACAGAGUAAUGGUCGUGUGACUCUGUACCGCCUGGGGGACCACAUUGACAUCUCACGUGGGCCCAUGGUGGCCUCCACUCACUUCCUGGGCAAGUGCACCGUCGGGGCAGCCCACAAGGUGGCCGAUGAAGGGCCAGCAGGAGCCUUCUAUCGCAUUCAAGGCGUGGCCCUGCCUUGUGGCUUUAAGUUGAAUCACGUUGCGUAUGGCUUUCUGGAGGAGCGAUCACAGAAGCUGAACCCCGCUCGCUUGCCCCAUGAACCCUUUGAGGAGCACCAACAAAUGCAGUUAUCUUAAACAGUUCUUUCACAGAUAAAGCUAUUCAAUAAGUGUUAACAGGUAAAUCAUUAAAGAGCGCCUUAUUCGUUAUAAAAACGGAACAACAACAA